UCGCCACGUGCGGCCAAGCUUGCCAGUCGGCGCCCUACCACUAACCACGACACACGCUAAGCUGUCCCCAACAGUGUUUACAAACCCAUCGCGCGUUUUGUUCAGCGUCAGCUGAGCUCUAGUGAUACCAGGUGACAGUGGCCGUCGCGACGGAGACCGUUCAAGGCAUGCUGAUGGCCGGCGCGCAGCUGGCCGAGCCCGAGGGCCUGCUGGCCCUGGGGGCUCUCCCCGGCCAGAAGGACACCACAUGGACCAAGCUGUUCGUCGGGGGCCUGCCCUACCACACCACCGACAAGAGCCUGCGGGAACACUUCGCCGUGUACGGAGACAUAGAGGAGGCGGUCGUCAUCACAGACAGACAGACCAGCAAAAGCCGGGGAUAUGGAUUUGUAAUAAUGGGCGACCGGGCGGCGGCGGAGCGAGCCUGUAAAGACCCCAACCCCAUCAUCGACGGCCGGAAGGCCAACGUGAACCUCGCCAUCCUCGGAGCCAAGCCACGGGGGAACCUCACGCCAGGGUUCAACUUGGCGGCGGCCGCGGGGGUGCGGGCGGGGUACCCCACCGUGCUACAGUCGCCAUACGGGUUGUCGCCUGGCUACGUGUACGGCGCGCCCAGCUACAUGGGCGGCGUGAGCGGCGUGGGCGGCGGCGCGGGCGGGCUGGUGCAGCUGCCGCAGCUGCAGCACGCCGCCGCCGUGGCCGCCGCCAACCACCUGUACGAGUACCAGGCGGCCGCGCAGGGCGCCGCGGCCUACCAGCAGCAGUACGCCGCCGCCGGCUUCGACCCCUACGCUACUGCUGCAGCAGCAGCGGCGGCGGCGGCGAGCGGCGCGGGCUACAUGUCGCCCUACUACACGCUGCCGUCCGGCGGGGUGCAGGCGCCCCUCCUGCCCCCGCUCUCCUACCCCCCGCAGCUGCAGGAGGCCCGCAUGCAGUAACUCCUUCACAAUCUGCUACCCUAGUACUUCUCGAGGACUCGCGGACUCGUUGAACCAUCGAUCGAUUGGCAUAAGUUCGAAUAAGAUUGACAAGUUUCACAUUAUUUUAAAGGUGACGGUAAUUUAAUUUAUAUUCAAACUUGUCAAUUGAAUCCCAGCUUAUGGUAUUACUUAUGGCAUAUUCAGGUACAUAAUUGCAUAAAUUUAGCCGCGAGUCUCAAUACAUAAGCAAAUAUAAAUAAGGUAACUGUGAAAACGUGAAAUUAAGUCCAUAUUGUUGAUGUGCAACGGCGCAUAUCAUAAUGUGGUUGUGUCCACAUAUUAUGGGAAUUUAACAGAACUAUCGAGAGUUUAGAUAUUAUUAUCGUUACCGCAAGAUAGCCAAAUAAUUGUAUAGUGAAAAAGCUAAAUAGAUGGAAUAUACAGUUAAAGAUGCAACCAAAAAUAUUAGCAAUUUGACCAAAGCUGAAAGCUUUUGCUUUAGAAUAGUUACACAAAAAGUGUAAAGUUUAGCGUCAAAUAAACUUAAUUUAAGGAAACUUUAUCCUUAUCUAUAAUCAUUAUACUUAAAGAUAGUUAUUGUACAAUGCCUUCUUUCUUGCCUUCAAUACCUUCACUCUUUUAAAUUCAGCAAUAUUUUAUUAUAUUUAAAUAAAUGAAAGCCUUAGAAACAGCUGAAGAGACAAUAAAAUUGAACACUUGAAAGGUCGAUGACUGGUAUCCACGAUAGAGUUGGUAAUCGUAUUUUUAAGGCAGCUCCUUAUCAUUACACUGUACUUCCUGUAUAAUGUACCUCCUUUGUUAGGCAUCUUAAAGUACUAUUUUAAGUAUAACUUGGCGGUCGCCUAUUCUUUCCUAGGUCUGUAAUAUGAUCGUAUUGCUCAAUCUGUCUACUUAAGGGAUUCGGUUUAAGCCAGACGGGGAGCAAUAAGGGCUAUAUAUUAUUAGUUUAAGUUUAAGCUAUUCUAGUAAAUCAAAGUAUAUUUUGUAUUAUACAUGCCCUUAUAUAAUUUAGAUUUGUUCUCCAGAAGCGGUAUAGUACUUACUAGGUAGAAUAAUUCAAUCACUAGUCCAUGUAAUUUUAAUAUAAUGAGUUUAGGAGGUAAUAAGAGAUGUGCGCUGGCUGUGGUGUCCAGUAUCAAGACUAUUUUAUGUAUUUUUUUAUUGGAAACGAUCGUAUAAUUUAAUUACUUGAUGUUUCACAAAAAAAAGUGACUUUAGAACUACAGAUAUAUAAUAUUUUCUAAAAAAAUUGUAAAAAAACAAGGAAAGCAGCCAGCGCCGUCAAUACAUGUUAGAUAAGUACUAGAAGACGGAGUUUAGCUCACUGAAUCUUGGUUUAGAUCGUAAGUUAAUUAUAAUAAUUAUUGUAUAAUGCUGUUAUUGGUAAUUUAUUUUGUUGAUAUUUGUAAAUCUUCAUGUUGAUAACUAUUUAUUAUGUCGAGGAAUAAUAAUAAAAUUUGUUAAAUGUUUGAAGAUCGGGCCGCGGUCUCGAGACCCGGCGCAAGAGGGGGUUCGAUCUAAUAUAUUGAAUUAUACACAAUAAUAUAAGUAGAUUAAUAAACAUUAAUUAUAAGUACGCACCAAAUAAUGAAUCAUAUAUAUGGUUUAGCCAUCGUUACGGCCAUCUUGCCUUAUAUAGACGUACCUACA